GCCCCCAAAAGAGGAAAUCAACACGUUCAUUUUGUCUGCCCCGUCCAAAGCGAUUGUCUCGUCGGUGUGCCCUUCCAUUUCGUUUGAGAUAAUUCGUCUCUUCUUUGCGAAACGUUUCGCCCGCCCUGCUAAACGCUUCUUCCUUGCGAAACGCUUCUCCUUCGUGCAACGCAAAAAUGGACGUCACUUCCACCCUGCUAGACAAAAGCGACAGCGUCGCAGGCGACCCGUCGGACGCCGUCCCAGGGGCAAAGAAGUUCUUCUUCUCAUCAAUUGGUAAAGCUCAUAUGAUAAAUGUCCUCUACGGGGUUGGCUACACAGUACAAAUUGCGAUGCUGCCCUACAUGCUGAUCAGCUCCGGCGCCGGCAUAGAACACAACGGAUACCUCUUGACCCUCUUCUCCCUGCUCCAGUUCGUGGGGUCCACGUUUUUUGGGAGGCUGGCCGACAUAUGGGGGGUGAAGAAAUCCUUCUACCUGUCCCUCUGCUCCUCCAGCCUGAUGUACCUCAUGCUGCCGGCAUGCAGGGCCACCUGGGCGUACUACGUGAGCUUCCUACCCUCGUUCUUCAUGCAAACCUUCCAAGCCUCCUCCCUCCUGGUGUGCCUCAAAACGGACAGCGAAAAGAGAACGGCUGCCAUAGGGUACCUGAACCUCAGUUACGGCAUGGGCAUCAUCCUAGGGAGUCUCAUCGCCGGGCUUAUGGUCAACUACGUCGGUCCAAGAGGCAAUCUCCUCAUCGCACUGGGAUCCCAAAUAGCAGCAUUGUACGUAGCCAAAACGUUGAGUGAGGACCCGAAGCUUUUAAAACCAGUCAACCUAGGAGACAUCAAAAUGAGAGAAAUUUUAAGUAGCAUACAGAAUGAAUAUGCACGUGUUUUAAAUCUAUUUCGGAAGACCUAUGGCAUGUGUUUAUUAAUUCUCUUCGGCUUGCUUCCCAUCCUGAUGACCAAAUUUGCCUUUGCCCCUGUAGUAGUGGACAUGUUUAAGCUGACCCCAUCACAUACAUCCUACCUGAUGACGUAUGCAGGCAUCGUAACAAUCAUCGCAGAGGGCCUCUUGGCCCCCUACCUCAGCUCCAUCUUAGGAGACAUAACUUGCUGCAAAUAUUCUGUCCCUUUAACGUUAGCGGGAUUUUUAGCACUCUCUUUAUGUGGGGCAAAUGAGUACCUAGUCCUUUUGUUCAUGUCCAUUCCUCUUUGUGGAGGGGCCUUGCUAUACAUUUGUGGGACUAGUCAAAUGACAAAGCGGGUUGAGGAAUCCGAGUUGGGGACUGCCAUUGGUUUGAACACCUCCAUCUUUUACGCCGUCACCAUAGUGGCGCCGUACUUGGCCUUCAAGUCGUACCUCGCCCUGGGGUUGGGUCUCUACUGGCUGCUCUGCGCCCUCAUCUGCCUAGUCAUCACCACGUACAUUUUCGCCCUGGACAAGUUCACGCUGCAAAUUUUUGAGGAGGACGGUGACAGCCUGGAAACCAUGUUCUCCAGCGUCAAGUUGGCUUGGUAAAAAAAAAAGAAAAAAAGACAUCACAGUCAAAUCGGCGUACGUGUGAACCCGCCCCGCCGCCUCGCACAAUGAAGUCAGCGUAAGUGUAAACCCGCGUCCGCCGCCUCGCACAAUGAAGUCAACGUGCGUCUGAACCCGCUGCCUCGCACAACGCGCCACUUGUCAACUGUUUCUGCGCAGACACAUUUGUGCCGCCCAACCAUUUGCACGAUGGGUACAUAUGGCAAUUUUUUUAACCCGCCGAGCGGAUUGUUUUUUUGUUCUUUUUUUUCGCCUCUCCAUGUGGAGUGCAAAAAUGUGCUUCUAACGAACGAGCAAAGAGUUUUGUCUUAGUGAGCAGCGGUUGCAAGGGGGGACCCUUGGCCCAUUU